GUUUUAAUUGCUUUUUUUUAUUGGUAAUGUUGGUCUUAACUUUGUAACUUUUUCCCCCCAGGUACGCACUGAUCCGCACUCUCCCCCAUCAUGGAGAGCCAUGGGAGCGGUUCAGAACUCUGAGCACUUUGCUGAAACGUUCCAGUGUAAGAAGGGAAGCAAAAUGAACCCGGUCAGCAAGUGUGAUCUGUGGUAAAAAGCUUGAGAAAAUGAGAUAAUAAUAAAUGUGUAAAGCCCGUUGUCCUACCCCGAUACCUUGUAAACUCGAACGGGGCGGUUUGAUUGGGUAUCUCAAAUUUAGUGAAUGGAAAUUUUUAGUUUCAGCGCGUACCAGGGCUUGGCUUUCUAUCCCUUCUCUUCUUUCUCUUUAUUCUACUCUAUGCCUCCCAACAACAGGGCCAUAGAGCCUACCCUAUACACAUACAUCACUCGCAAAGAGUUGAAUGAACGGGUGAAGCAAGGAGAACAUUUGAUCAUUUUCAAUGACAAAGUUUAUAAACUCGAUCGCUGGAUCAAGUACCACCCUGGCGGCGAGCUGGCUAUUCGGCAUGUAGUAGGCAAGGACGCUACAGACGAGAUCACUGCCAUGCACCCAGCGUAUAUUUACGAGAAAACCAUCCGGUCAUUUUAUGUUGGCGAAUAUGUGGAGAAUCUUUUGCAGCUGCCAAGCAAAAUCGCAUCUGUCCUUCCCCCUCCUUCUGAGCCAGUCCUGUCUGAUGAACACCGGUCCAACGAUCUGAUCACACGACUUUACCUUGAGCACAAAAAAGCUCAGGACGAUGUCUUCCUUGCACCUCAAGCUGACAUACAAACUGUACGCUCUCGGUACAGACGUCUGGAAAAAGAACUUGUAGCAAGAGGCCUUUUCCGUUGCAACUACUGGAGAUACGGAAAGGAAGUCUGUCGCUAUAUCACCUUCUUCUAUCUCGCCCUGUACCUCACAUUGAAGGGCACUGAGACCUGGCACUACCUUUUAAGCUCUGUGUUCAUGGCCGCAUUCUGGCAUCAAAUAACAUUCACAGCCCACGAUGCUGGCCACAAUGGCAUUACCAGCAACAGCAAGAUCGAUCACCUUAUUGGGAUUUUUAUAGCCGAUUUCUGCGGAGGUCUUUCUAUUGCUUGGUGGAAAAGUAGCCACAACGUUCAUCAUAUUGUCACCAAUGACCCCGUCCAUGACCCUGAUAUUCAGCAGAUGCCUUUCUUCGCUAUGACUACCCGAACCUUCAAUGCCUACUCUUCCUAUUACAAGCGAAUUAUGGCAUUCGAUGCUGCUGCCAAUUUCUUAAUACAGCACCAACAUAAGCUUUAUUACAUUAUUCUGGCAUUUGGUAGAUUCAACCUUCACGCUUUGUCUUUCAGCCACCUUUUGACCGCCCCUGUGGUCCGUCGUCGUUGGUUGGAGCUGUUUGGUAUUGUCUUCUUCUUCUCCUGGUUCUCGUACUUCCUCUCCUAUGUACCAUCUGCCACGCUUCGAGUCGCUUAUGUUCUCAUCUCUUACAUGCUGACUACCCCUCUGCACGUUCAAAUUACUCUGUCUCAUUAUGGUAUGUCAACCGACGAUCUUGGCCCUGAGGAACCUUUCCCUAGCAAGAUGCUUAGAACUACUAUGGACGUUGACUGCCCAGAGUGGUUGGAUUGGUUCCAUGGUGGAUUGCAAUAUCAAGCUGUUCAUCAUUUGUUUCCCCGCAUGCCCCGACACAAUCUUCGGCAAGUGGUGCCGCUUGUCAAACAGUUCUGUAAGGACCUUGAUUUGACUUAUCACGUGUACACCUUCAGCAAAGGCAACGGUGUCGUCCUUGGUGCCUUGAAAUCUGUAGGCGAUCAGGUACGAUUGAUGAACGAAGUUGCCCAUCACAACGUUGAAGAGAUGGUCGCUCCUGCCUCAUAAAAAAAAUGCUAUUUUUAUUCCCCC